CAUUGUUUUUAAAUCACAAAGACCAUAAGAUACAAAUAUUGAUUAAUAAACAGAUAUUAAUGUAAAAAUUUAUCGAAUAAAUAACUUUUAAAUAAUCAUCAUGACUAUAGCCGUAAGAGCUACUGUUAUAUACGUUUUUUUUAACUGAGCUUAAUAUUUGGCUGAAUUUAUAAUCGUAAUAUUUAAUUACUGUCCGCUUUCAUUAAGGUGUGUGUAUAAUAAUAGUCAAAGUCAUUCGUAAUUGACCAAGCACCAGUUGAACGCCACAAAAUAAUCAUUAAAAUGAUAACCCUUUACCUAUAUAUAUAUAUAUGUAUGGAAAACCUUUAUUCAUAGAGACAUGAUUGGUGAUAUAAAGAGAUCGAUGUAGUGAAGAUGAGUGGUGAAGGUAAGGAUCACGAAGAAGAAGAUGAAGCAAAACUUCCUGGAUUCAGGUUUCAUCCCACUGACGAAGAGCUUUUAGGGUAUUAUCUUCGAAGAAAAGUAGAGAACAAACCCAUCAAACUCGAACUUAUCAAACAGAUCGAUAUCUAUAAGUUCGAUCCUUGGGAUCUUCCAAGAGUAAGCAGCGUUGGGGAAAACGAGUGGUACUUCUUCUGCAUGAGAGGCAGGAAAUACAAGAAUAGCGUUAGACCAAACCGAGUCACCGGUUCAGGUUUCUGGAAAGCCACCGGUAUUGAUAAACCGGUUUACUCAAAUCUUGAUUGCAUUGGCCUAAAGAAGUCUCUAGUUUACUAUCUUGGUUCAGCCGGUAAGGGCUCUAAAACCAAUUGGAUGAUGCAUGAAUUUCGCCUCCCAUCUACCGCAAAAUCCGAGUCGCCAACUCAACAAGCAGAGGUGUGGACACUAUGCAGAAUCUUCAAACGAGUCACACAUCAUCGAAACCCAACCAUCCUACAACCAAACCGUAGACCGGUUAUCACCUUAACUGAUUCAUGUUCGAAGACGAGCAGCUUAGAUUCCGAUCACACUAGCCAUCACGUCGUAGAAUCCUUGUCCCACAAGCUACAUGAGCCGCAGCGUCAGCCACAGACGCAUAAUCCUUAUUGGAACCAACUUACUACGGUUGGUUUCAAUCAACCGACAUAUACUUGCCAUGAUAACAACUUGGUUAAUCUCUGGAACAUCAACGGUGAAGAUUUCAUCGGAAACGCAGCAAGUUGGGAUGAACUUAGAUCAGUUAUAGAUGGAAAUACUAAUCACUUGUAAUAACUUUUCUAUCUCCUAGUGUGGGAGAUGUGUUUCAUGUUGAUUUUGUUCUCAUUCAGAACCAACUCGGAUCCUGUUUUUUUUUCUUCAUGUUCGAUACUACUGAUAUUAUAUACAUAUCAAUAGCCAUGUUGUUCAAUAA